AUUUCUACAACCUUCCCCAAACAAUUCCCAAAUUCUCUCCCAAAGUCAUGGUUUUCCCUUUAAUUUCUACACCUUUUUUUUUUUACAUUCUCCUAUUCUGUUUUCACUGUCAAAACAUACAAUUACAUAUACAUACAUAUAUAUAAUAUAAAUUUAACAAAUGGGAGAAAAAAGUGUCUUUGAUGCCAUAAUAGUAGCAGAAGAUACAUUCAAAUAUUACUCAGAAGGUGAAUGGAAAGUUUCUUCUUCUGGCAAACAUGUGCCCAUCAUCAAUCCCACUACCAGAAAGACACAUUUCAAAGUCCAAGCAUGUUCACAAGAAGAAGUGAACAAGGUGAUGGAAUCAGCAAGAGUUGCACAAAAAGCAUGGGCUAAAACUCCUUUAUGGAAAAGAGCUGAAUUGUUGCACAAAGCUGCAGCUAUUCUUAAAGAUCAUAAGAAGACCAUAGCUGAUUGUCUUGUUAAAGAGAUUGCAAAACCUGCUAAAGAUGCUGCUAUUGAAGUUGUGAGGUCAGGGGACCUGGUGUCGUAUUGUGCUGAGGAAGGGGUCAGAGUUCUUGGUGAAGGGAAGUUUUUGAUGUCAGAUAGUUUCCCGGGAAAUGAACGGACAAAAUACUGCCUAACGUCAAAGAUUCCAUUAGGUGUCGUACUAGCAAUCCCGCCCUUCAAUUAUCCAGUCAAUUUGGCCGUCUCAAAGAUUGCUCCAGCCCUUAUUGCUGGCAACUCCAUUGUAUUGAAGCCUCCUACACAGGGUGCAGCAUCUGCUCUCCAUAUGAUACAUUGCUUUCACUUGGCUGGUUUCCCAAAGGGGCUCAUCAGUUGUGUUACUGGAAAAGGUUCAGAGAUCGGAGACUUUCUCACAAUGCAUCCCAGAGUUAAUUGUAUAAGCUUCACGGGUGGAGACACUGGUAUAGCUAUAUCAAAAAAGGCGGGAAUGAUUCCUCUACAAAUGGAAUUGGGUGGAAAAGACGCUUGCAUUAUUCUUGAGGACGCGGAUUUGGACUUGGCCGCAUCUAACAUCGUCAAAGGAGGCUUUUCUUACAGUGGUCAAAGAUGCACAGCAGUUAAAGUCGUGUUAGUAAUGGAAUCCGUAGCCGAUAUUCUCGUGAAAAAAGUUAACGAAAAGCUGGGAAAAUUAAGUGUGGGCUCACCUGAGAAUGAUUGUGACAUCACUCCUGUAGUAACAGAGUCCUCUGCUAACUUCAUAGAAGGUUUGGUUAUGGAUGCUAAGAAAAAAGGAGCAACAUUUUGUCAAGACUAUAAGAGGGAAGGCAAUCUCAUAUGGCCUCUUUUGCUCGAUAAUGUAAGACCAGACAUGAGAGUGGCAUGGGAAGAACCGUUUGGACCCGUGGUGCCUGUUUUAAGGAUUCGUAACAUUGAAGAAGGGAUUAACCAUUGUAAUGCAAGUAAUUUCGGGCUCCAGGGGUGCAUUUUUACGAAAGACAUCAACAAAGCUAUGUUGAUAAGUGACACCAUGGAAACUGGUACCGUACAGAUAAACUCAGCUCCAGCUCGAGGACCCGAUCAUUUCCCUUUUCAGGGCUUUAAAGAUAGCGGAAUUGGUUCACAAGGAGUGACAAAUAGUAUCAACAUGAUGACAAAAGUCAAGAGUACCGUGAUCAACUUGCCCAUACCUUCGUACGCGAUGGGCUAGUAAAUUUUACAUCUUAAUAUAAUGCUUUGGAGAACACUAUGUGUAUCUAUAGCUCGUGUAAUAUUACAGUAUUUGUGAUUUUGCUUGUAAUAGUUAUUUUUGUUGGCAAUAUAACAUGAGUUAUAAUAUACUAAAUUGGUUAAUUACUUAAAA